GCUCCGCCAUCCCAUUGCUGGGGUAUAUUUACUACACAUUCUAAAAUACAGUAUCAAAUGAGUUCAAACCAGGCAGUCGCCGAUCGUGUAGAAUGUUAUAUGGACGAGCUUGUCGAAUGCUUCGAGGACUUCGUGAAGAAAUCACUCCUCGUGAUUACUGUUGGGAUUGCAGUGGUUGUGGGCAUGCUUCUGUAUAUGCUGAAGGUGCUCACAGAUCGGGAGCCUACAAGCGAUACCACUCCAGAGUUUUCAUCAAGUGCGCCAAAUCUAUCCAGAAAUAUUAAUACAGAAGACUACCAGAAGCGUUUUUAUAGCCGUUCAAAUCGAAAUGUAUCACCAGGAAGUAAAUUAUCUUCAAGGAAGUCAUCUUGUAAGAUAACACCUGCUGUCAAUACUACUUCAAAUCAACCUUUAACGCAAAAUCAAAGCUCCGAUGAAAAAGUCCUGAAUAAUAUUGGACUAUCUUCAUUUACAAAGCUUCACGCCUGCGACAGCACUAACAGCAAUAGCUUCAUACCGUGUAGGGUCCCUUCUCAAUGUACUUUGCCACAAAAAUAUAGCUCUGUAGACUCCAUUGGACACAAGCUCAGCAAACAUCACAUGGCUUCGAUGCCAAUUUAUCCAAAAGAAGUCCCUAAGACAGGGUCAUGCUGUUCUUUAUGCUGUAAUGAUGAAAAUUGAUAAGAUAAAGUAAUAGUUAGAAAGUUAAUGACAGAGGA